GCGGUGUUUGUCUGCCGGGCUGACGGGCGGCCGGGCGGCCGGCGGUGCGCGGCGGCGGCGGCGGCGGGGAAGAUGGCGGCGUCCUCCCUGGAGCAGAAGUUGUCCCGCCUGGAAGCAAAACUGAAGCAGGAGAACCGCGAGGCCCGUCGGAGGAUCGACCUCAACCUGGAUAUCAGCCCCCAGCGGCCCAGGCCCAUUAUUGUGAUCACUCUAAGCCCUGCUCCUGCCCCGUCCCAACGAGCAGCCCUCCAGCUCCCACUGGCCAACGAUGGCGGUAGCCGUUCACCAUCUUCUGAGAGUUCCCCGCAGCAACCCACGCCCCCUGCCCGGCCCCGUCACAUGCUGGGGCUCUCAUCCACCUUGUUCAUACCCCGAAGCAUGGAGAGUAUCGAGAUUGACCAGAAGCUGCAGGAGAUCAUGAAGCAGACAGGCUACCUGACUAUUGGGGGCCAGCGCUACCAGGCAGAAAUCAAUGACCUGGAGAAUUUGGGGGAGAUGGGCAGUGGCACUUGCGGCCAGGUAUGGAAGAUGCGCUUCCGGAAGACAGGCCACGUUAUCGCUGUCAAGCAAAUGCGACGCUCGGGGAACAAGGAAGAGAAUAAGCGGAUCCUCAUGGACCUGGAUGUGGUACUCAAGAGUCAUGACUGCCCCUACAUCGUGCAGUGCUUCGGGACCUUCAUCACCAAUACGGAUGUCUUCAUUGCCAUGGAGCUCAUGGGCACCUGUGCGGAGAAGCUGAAGAAGCGGAUGCAGGGUCCCAUCCCUGAGCGGAUCCUGGGCAAGAUGACGGUAGCGAUUGUGAAGGCACUCUACUACCUGAAGGAGAAGCAUGGUGUGAUCCACCGGGACGUCAAACCCUCCAACAUCCUGCUGGAUGAGCGGGGCCAGAUCAAGCUCUGCGACUUCGGCAUCAGUGGCCGCCUUGUCGACUCCAAGGCCAAAACACGGAGCGCUGGCUGCGCUGCCUACAUGGCACCUGAGCGCAUUGACCCCCCGGACCCCACAAAGCCAGACUAUGACAUCCGGGCUGACGUGUGGAGCCUGGGUAUCUCUCUGGUGGAACUGGCAACAGGACAGUUUCCCUACAAGAACUGUAAGACGGACUUCGAGGUCCUCACCAAGGUCCUGCAGGAAGAGCCCCCGCUCCUGCCCAGUCACAUGGGCUUCUCGGGGGACUUUCAGUCAUUCGUCAAAGACUGCCUUACUAAAGAUCACAGGAAGAGACCAAAGUAUAAUAAGCUACUUGAACACAGCUUCAUUAAGCGUUACGAGACGCUGGAGGUGGACGUGGCGUCCUGGUUCAAGGAUGUCAUGGCGAAGACCGAGUCACCGAGGACUAGUGGAGUCCCACCCAGCUGCCCGCCACGGGAGACCUGGGAACUGGAUGGCCGCCGAGGGCUGAGGACAGAAAGUAGGGGAUGCCAACCCAACCCCGACUCCCUACCCAGCAGCCAUGGACAGAUGGGCCCACCAGGCCCUAGCCCUUCCAGUCCUGGGGUCAGCCGGCUGUACAAGUCCCCCCAACAGACACUGUGAACAGAAGACAGCAGCAGGCCAUGAGCAGACUUGCUAUUUAUUCAGUUGUAACCCCUGGGCUGGGGUGGCCACCAGGGGCCAGGAGAGAGUCACCCUUCUUGCAUCCUCCCCAUGCUGUCCCUUCCACCUUUGUGGUACACAUGCUCCCUGUCUCUAUCUGCCUCUGUCACCUCCCUUGAUGCCUCUCUGGUUUUCCCUGUCUCCCUUCCUGUAUCUGCCUCUCUCCUGGCCCAAGCCCAGGCUCUGUUACCCACAGCAGGACUCCUCGGUCCACUUAGGUCUGUGGUGAGCAAUGAGUCCUUUGGCUGGCAUCCUCGUCCCAGGAAGGCAGGCUGGGCAUUAUGACUGCAGCUGACCCAGGCUGUGGGGGCUCUGGCGCUUGUGCGCGCGGCUCUCUCUCUCUCUCUCUCUCUCUCUCUCUCUCUCUCUCUCUCGCGCGCGCGCGCUUGUGCGAGCGGCGCUCUCUCUCUCUCUCUCUCUCUCUUUCUCUCUCUCUUUGAUCUCAGGGGGUCCUUUUUGGAAUUUAUUGUAUUUUAUUGUACUUGGUGGGGUGUUUGGGGGAUGGGGGAGGAAGAAGAGCUUGUUCUCAUGGGGUUUGUCAGUACCUUCAGAAACUUUUACCAAAGUCAUGUUUAGCUGCUGUGGUAUAGCCCUCAAGCUCCUGUGGGCAUUGGGGGGUUGGAGCCAGGUAGAGGCCUGGGCCACUGUGCCUUGUCAGCCUGUUCUGGAGAGACUAUUCCCAAAGGUGGGGGCUGGGGGUGGGGCUCCUCCCUUGGGGCUGGAGACUGGCCACAGCUUGGGGUGAAUUGAGGACCCCAGGCUGUGUGGAGGAGCCCACAGGGCUGUGGCCACACAGGGUGGCCUUCAGGGAAGGUGGGUAUGGGGCAUGGUGGGAGGCAGUAAAUGCUGCUAUGGCAGGAGAAGGGAGUGAAUGACAGUAGUGGGGGUCACAAGGCCCAGGGAGGCAGGGAUUGAGUGUAUAGGGAAUGGAUGUGGGGGUUCGAGGAUGUGUGACAGGGACAGAAGUGGAGCGGGCCUAGGGCUGGGGGUGUGAAGGCAGUCAUGCCCUCACAGUGCCCCUGAGCAUCCCUCAACUUCCCCAGAGCUGGCCAGUCCCCAGCCCACCUUGAGGAUAGGCCAUGGGGCCCCUCUCCCCCCCACACCCCUCAGCAGCAGUCAGAGCAGGAAGGGGGGUGUUUCCUUUUUUGUUGGUGAUGCAUGCAAAUCAGUGGACAAACAUACACACACCAACCAACGCCAAAGGUGAUGAACUCCCUGGAUGUAGCUGGAGCAAUGUAGACUCAGCAUAGGCAUCACUGUAACCUCUCUCUAUCCUAUUGACUCUUGUUACUCUUAACAUAGUCACAAAAGGCCGCAUGUUUAAAAAGUACUCCUUGUCUUCUCUCUGCUCCCCCCAGGGGGUUGGGGUGGCCACCUUUCUUGCCCAAAUCCCCCUUGUGACUGGAUGGGGCAAGGUAGAGGUAGGUGGGCAACAGGCCUGGCUCCACCCUCGGCGGGGGUCCCAGCCACGGGGGCUUUUGCCCAUAACCAGAAGGUCAAGUGGCUCGUUCCAGGGGCAACAAAAGUCAGAGGCCGGCUGCCCGGUUUAUUUUAUUUAACUUAAUUUUGUUUAUGAGUGUGUGUCUGCCUGUCCCUCCCCUUCAGUGUUAAGUGGGAGCCCUGAGGGAGCCUCUCCUCCCCCCACCCGCCUCUCCCCUGUUUCCUCCCUCUAUCUCCAGUCACCAGCCGUCCUUCUGGACCAGGCAGAGGGUUGAGCGGGCAGGCAGGAGCCUGAGGCGACUUGGCCCAGCCCACCAGCCCAUGACCCCUUCUCAGGCCACCAGUAUUGUCCCUUCCCUUUUUAAAAUGAAACACCCUUGUUUGUAAAUCCUUAGAUGCUUGAGAAUAAAACCCCUCCCUUUUCUUCCACUGA